UUCUGAUUUCCCAGUCAAAAUAACAAAUUAACAAACCUUAUUCUACCACUACUACUACACCAACUUCUUUGUUUGUAAAAAUUCUAGAGUAAAAAAAAAUGGAUGGGAGCUCCAUAGAUGAGAGCACAACGAGUGAUUCCGUAUCGGUUUCGCCGUCGAAUGUUUCACCUUUGCCUCAGCUGACCAAAUCCCCCGACUCUCUGUACCGACACGGGAGUGGAACCAGCGUGAUAGUGGAUUCCGAGUCCGGCGUCGAAGCCGAAUCGAGGAAGCUUCCUUCAUCGAAAUACAAAGGCGUGGUUCCUCAACCCAACGGCCGAUGGGGUGCUCAGAUAUACGAGAAACACCAGCGCGUUUGGCUCGGAACUUUCAACGAUGAAGACGAGGCUGCUAAAGCUUAUGACAUAGCGGCUCAGAGGUUCAGGGGACGUGACGCCGUCACCAACUUCAAACACCUCCAUGAAACAGAGGAAGACGACAUCCAAAUCGCCUUCCUCAAUUCGCAUUCCAAAGCCGAAAUCGUGGACAUGCUGCGUAAACACACGUACAACGAUGAGCUCGAGCAGAAUCGGAGAAGCUACGGAUUUGACGGGAACGGGAAGCGUAUACAAAAACAGGAUGGCUCCGGUUCCUCGAGGUUCCAACUCAAAGCGCGUGAACAGCUCUUCGAAAAAGCCGUGACCCCGAGCGAUGUGGGAAAGUUGAACCGCCUCGUCAUCCCUAAGCAGCACGCAGAAAAAUACUUCCCGCUGCAAAGCGGCGCCGCUUCCUCCAGAGGAGUGCUUUUGAACUUCGAAGACGUGACCGGCAAAGUAUGGAGGUUCAGGUAUUCGUACUGGAACAGCAGCAAGAGUUACGUUUUAACAAAAGGGUGGAGCCGCUUCGUUAAGGAGAAGAAUCUCAAAGCCGGCGACAUUGUGGGCUUCCAGAGAUCAUCAGGGACGGAGAAGCAGCUGUACAUUGACUGGAAACCAAGAAUCGGGUCGGGCUCAGAAACCCCGGUCGUAUCGGUUCAGAUGUUACGGCUAUUCGGGGUCAACAUAUUUAAAAUACCCGGGGGUGAACACGUUGGUGUAGGCGGUUGUAAUGGAAAAAGGCCAAGAGAAAUGGAGCUUCUAGAAUUCGAGUGCAGCAAGAAACAAAGGGUAAUUGAUGCUUUGUAACAUUUACCUAAUUAAUAUCCUUUUUUGUUUUGUUUUUGUUGUUUUUUUUUUGGAGCUUUUCGGAUGUGUUAAUCAAGUGGGGGGUAUGAAGAACAAAAGCAAUGGCAAGUUGUAAAAGUUGAAUUGUAUAUUACAUGACAAAAAGGCUGAAGAAAGCUGAAAAUUAGGUGUAACACAUUUGUUCCAAG